AGAAGAGCGGAGCACCGAACGCAGUGCAGCUUGCAAGUGCAGAAGACUUUCCAGUUUCGCCGGUGAUGUUGUGUUGACGCGAAACUCGUCCGACUGUCAGAAUGUACCGCGUGAAUUUAGUGUCUCGUAUGUCGAGAUAUGUCUUAUCAGGCGUCAACUUUGCUCGCUCAGCGGCGAGUGCUCGACGUAGCGCGCACGUCUGCGAAAACACCUUCGCGAAGGCCCCGCGACUCUGCGCGAGGCCGGAGAGACACCGUUUCAAGGAGAGGCACAGGUCGCGGGAGCGAAGGCCCAGGAUGCUGCUCGCCACGGCCUUGCCCACUUUAAUCUACCAUUAUCUUCUCGGCAUCGAAGACACCGAUGAGGAGGUCCCGGAGGUCAUCAUGACGAUCAAGCGAUCUGUAUUGUUAAUACAGAAGGGAGAGUACGACAAGGCGGAGCGAAUGCUGCACCUAGCGCUGCGCCAAGCGCAAACCUUACAGCACUACGACGCCGUCACGUACAUCUACGACGUGAUGGCCAAUCUCGCCUUCGACACUGGCAAGUAUCGCAAAGCGGAGAACUUGUUCGUGUCGGUCUUGCAGAGGCUGGUGUCGAACGGAGCAGCUGAGGACGACAUGCGAGUCAUCCAUAUAAGCCUGAAGAUGGCCAGAGUGUUCGAACAUUUAAACGAGGCAAAGAAAGCGGAGCAGGGCUACAGAUUUUGCCUGGAGAGUUUAAAGUCGCACGUCGAGAAGGAUCCUGACAACGAGGACGCUGCACUGCUGCAGGGUAUGGCCUUCGAUUGGUACGCGCGAAUGCUACUUUCACAGUCCCGACAUACCGAAGCUUUUAACUAUUUUCUUCAGGCCUAUGACAUAUGUAGAAAGAUGAACGGCGAGGAACACGAACAGACCGUGGUUCUGCUUAACGACCUGGGGACGAUUUGUUGUAUACGGGGAGAAUAUGACGAGGCUAUCAAAUAUUUGUCCGCUGCAGCGAGAAUAGGGGAAAACUUACCCGACAUGGCUGACCUGGGCUCGAUUCACGUGAAUUUAGGAAAUGUGCUUCUGAAGAAAGGUCUGUACGACGAAGCCAAAACGUCCUGUCAACGAGGAAGAAAGAUAGCUAAGACGAGAGACGACAAUGAUUCUUUGUUAGAAGCCAACGAGUGCCUCAAGGAAGUAAAGAGAUUACUGUCGUUGUAGAUACUCGUAAUUUUUCUUAGAGCUUGAUUGUUAAAAAUGUGCGUAUUAAGUGAGAGUGACGUCUGUUAAUGCAAUGUACAGAAAAAUUUGUCAUUGUAGAUCCUCGUGAUUUUUCUUAGAUGCAGCUUGGUUGUUAAAAAUUUGCGUAUUUAGAUGAGAGCGGCGUCUGUAAAUACAAUGUACAGAAAAAUUAGGAUCGAUCGUUUAAAGAAUUGUUAUGAUUGCAAGGGCUAAAUGUAGCGAAAUACUUUUUUUUUAAAUAAAAUAAGCUAUUUAUUGUGUGAUACUUGACUAGUCACUAUUGACGUAAGAAGCGCACAUGUGUUUUACCUCCGCAAUGUUACGAUUUAAUAUAUUCAUGUCUCUGAUAUCACUUGUAUAUCUUCAGUUUUUACAUUGGAUUUGUUGUAUUCUGUGACCAGGUUAAAAUUUUAUUUGUAAUUAAUUUCAGUAUUGAAUAGGAUGCUGCAAUAUAUAAUAUUAGAUAUAACAGAUAUAUUAGAUAUUUAAUACAAAUAAUAAUAAAAUGUAGAGCAUGUACGCACGUACGUGUACACACCUUA